AUGGCGUCCGGUGGGAGUGAAUACACGUCUGACGAGAUUUUCAAUUUUAAAUGUUCGCCUUGUCUGGCAAAUAACCGGAAUAGGGAAGCUGUGAAAUAUUGCGUGGAAUGUCAGGGAUAUUAUUGUCAGUCUUGUGCUGACGUGAUUCAUAUGAUACCUGGUUUAAAAAGUCACACACGUUUGGAUAAUUCAAAAUAUAAGUCUCGAGGCCUUCCGGCAGGGUUACCAGCAGUGCCGACAGAGAGAUGUAGCACACACGAGACAAAGAUCUUGGACAUGUACUGUGGUAAUCACGAUGAGGUUGGUUGUACAACUUGUAUGGCUUUAAACCACAGGUCUUGUGCUGAAGUGCUGUCCAUUCCAGAUAUUGUCGACAGUAAAUUUCAAACGACAGAUGUUGACAAAAUACACCAAAAGUUGCAACACUUGAAAAUGUUCAUGGAAGAAAUUAUAAAAACUAGACAAAGACUGAUAAAAGACUUAAAGAAGUCUAAGACGGGGGCAGUAAUGGCGAUAAAGGACUUUCGAAAAGAAAUGGAAACCAUUCUUGACAAACUAGAAAAAGAAUCUGUUAAAGAAUUAGAGAUGAAUUUCACAGAAAAAGAGUCUAAACUGUUGGAAGAGAAGACGAAAGCAGAAAAUGAGUUAGAUGGUCUGAAACAAGCAGUGAACGACUUGAAGAAAUCAGAAGGAAACAAAGCCCAACAAUUUGUCUCUAUGAAAAUGUCUUUGAAAGGUAUUGCUGAAAUGGAGGACGUAUCUCGUUCAUUGCAAACAAGUGUUGAUGUAGAUAUAUCCUUUAGCUUUGAUCCUGCUAUACUGGAAUUCUUACAGCAGUUGAAAACUUUUGGAUCGGUCCGACAGGAUUCUACCACUGCUCUAACAUCGCCAAGGACAACCGUCUAUUCUGUUAAAGAUAUCGAGAAUUUAAACAUCAGAGUCCAGAAUGACAACCAAACAUGUCUUGU